AGUGCACAUCCGGCCGUGAUCCCGAACGCACGCGGUCCUCUUCGUUGAAAAGUUUACUAUAGGACUUUUUUUUAACUGUGAAUUUCUCGGCAGUAAAAGCGGAAGAGUGAAAUAAUGAGGCAGAUCUGGGCCACUCACGCAGGCACGGUCGCGACCCUCAUCCUCAUAGGUGGGGCGUGCUUCCUCUACCUACAAGGACCCCGCAUCGGUGACUCGUCUGCUGUGCGUAGGAUGGAGGAACCUAAAGAAUCCUUCACCUCUAGAUUGGACGAACUGGAGCAGAGAAUCAGAGUAGCCUACAACUACAUCUUCCUCCUGUACUGUGACUCGGAGAAGAGAGUCCUUCCAAACGGGGGCUACUGUCUCAAUGAACAAGAUAUCCUGGAUCGGUGGAACUCAAUCUGGGACGGAGAGAUGUGCGCCUCGCUGGAAAAGCUCUUUGGCGGAUCAUCUGUUCUGGACAUGGGUGCGGGAAGGGCCCACUACGGCCGGUGUUUCCUCCGGGUGAAGGAUAACAUCAUCAGAACAAAGAACAAAAAGGAAGUCGAGCGAAUGAACCGUAUGUACAAUGAGCAGAUGCAGAAAGGGGGUCUUCUGGAUAAGCCGCAGGUGGUGAAGUCUUGGACAGGCUACGACGGCGCCCUGAACAUCGACGACAUCACGGGCGGCUUCGUUCGCUACGCCGACCUCUCCCAGCCGGUCCACCUCGGCGAGAGAUACGACUGGGUGAUGAGCCUCGAGGUCGGCGAGCACAUUCCCAAGAAGUAUGAGGCGCAUUACGUGGACAACCUGGUCAGGCACGCUUGUAAAGGCAUCGUUAUAAGCUGGGCUGUGAUUGGUCAGGCAGGCCACCACCACAUCAACAACCAACCAAUGACGUACGUUCAAGAUCUGUUUGAAUCUCGCGGGCUUUUGGUCGACGAGAAGGCGCAGGAACAGCUGAGGGAGAAUUCCGAACUGCGCCAUUACAAACACGUUUUUGUUUUUAGAGUCCCACGUGAAAGAACUUGCUGAUGGCGAUGAGGAAUGCGUCUUUAAAUGAUGGUGAUGGAUGGUGUGUAUAUAAAUGUCGGUGGUUCUUAGAUUUCAGCACCCGACCAAUGACGUAAGUUCAGGAUCUGUUUGAAUCUCGCGGGCUUUUGGUCGACGAGAAAGCCCGCGAAAGCCUGUCGUUAUAUGAUGGUCAAGGAUGGUGUGUAUAUAAAUGCCAAUGGUUCUUAGAUUUUAUUGAAUGAAUGGAUUGGUUUUCUACACAGUAUUGUAUUUAUUUCGUGGGCUUUACCAUAAUAAAGAAAUGAAUUGACUUUGU